AUGUAUAUCCAUCAUGAUGAUGAUGGUGAGUGUCGUCUCCUAUACAGCAUUGUUGUCAAUAUGGCGUCCUCGGCGAUAGUGUUUCCGAGAUGGUUACUUGAUUGUAAAGAUCAUAUAUCUCAGACAAAGGAAUGGAACGUCUUCCUGAGUGAACUUCACGAGGCCAUACAACAACAGCUGACUGAGAGCCAUGUCCAGUACUUUACUGACCUGUCAGAGGCAGAGAAAACUCUCUUCAUGGAGAGGGCCAUUAGGGCCAUAGAAACUGGUGGUGUUUUUGGUAGCCUGUAUUCUCAGGUCUCAGUGCUACUGGAUCAACACUUGAAUGAGGAGGUAAGCCGAGAGUUGAUGGAGGACCAUCCCAUCGGGACAAAAACUGAUUUGAUCGUCUCAAAUGCUGAAGAAGGAGCAGUCAGCUUGCUGAGGAGAUGGCCAGAGAUGAGGACAAAGCUACACGUGUGUCUGAACCAGCCGUUGCCUUCCUCACUGAGGAGCCUGACAUGGAAACUCUUCCUGAGUAAUGCUAAAAUCAGGAAGCAGUAUGUAGAUGUGAUGUCCAAACAUCCACGCAAGGCCAUCUCUCCAUUUGACCUGGAGAUCUCCCAGAAGUGUGAAAACCUGCUCAGCUCAGAGCCUACAUUCAGCACCAUCAAGGGGUCUGUAGGCGCGUUUUAUGCGAUGAAGGCAGUAUUGUCUUAUCACCAUGCAUUGUCUGGCUCAGCCAAUCGUCUACCAGACAUUGACUACAUGUUAGUUGUGCCUCUGGUACUGGAGACCUCCUCCACACUCUCAAGACGUGACCCCGCCCCUGCCAAAACUGUGACCCUGCUGGUGGAGGAGUUCCUGUCAUUCAUGAGCACAAGGCCAGGCUACAUGCUGGAUUCAGGCUCUGAGUCACGUGAUACAGAGGUGACAGGCUUCACAGAGAGAGUAGCCAGGAUAAUAGAGGAACAAGACCCAGAAUUAGCCAAAGACAUCGCUAAGCAGUUUGUCACAACCCAAGAUAAAAUCAUCACGACAGAAGCAGCAGGUCAUGGACUGUUUGUGGACGGGUUAAAGUUUGUCAUCCUUCCAGUCAUCAGAGCUAUGUUUGUGGGCUACCUGAAUGCAGAAACACUGUUGUACAUCUGGGACCAGUACAUGAUUGGCUUGGACACACCUGGGUUUUCUGACGAGCUUCUGUCUGCUGUGAUGGCUACAAUGUUCAUUCUGUUAGGGGAGCGCCUGCGGGAGUGCACUUCGACAAGUGGCUUGGAAUCUGUGUUACAAACUCAUGGCGUGAAGCUGAUAGUGCCUCAGUUCCAGUAUCAGAUUAAACAUAAGCAUUACAGUGAACUGUAUCGCAUGCUGGAGAAAGACAAUAAGGCAGCUAUACCUGUAUUAGAUCCUACUCAAGGUCAGCACCCACCCUGGCAGCACUGGUUUAACGAUGUCAUCCCACCAUACACACGACCCCCAGAACGCCGUAGAGCCAGGGAAGAGAGAGAGGCAGAGAGAGACAGGUUACUACGGCAACAGAUGGAUGUAGAGAAGUUUGCUCGAGAGCAGGAAGAAAGAGAGAGAAAAGCCUCAGAAGAGGAGUACAAGAGACGUAUGGCUGAGGAGCAGGUGAGAUCUGAUGAGGACAAGAGACACCUUCAGGAGAGGCUCUCACAGGAGGAGGCCAAAAGAGCAGAACUGGAGAGGAAGUACCAGGAGGAGAUAGAGAGGCUGAGGCUGGAGAUUGGGGCACUCAAAAACCAACAACAACAACAGCGCCCGGUUUCUACAUACAGUGUAGCCUCAUACAUCAGCAGAGUGUUAGUCCCACCUCCACCAACAGCAGCCAGCAGUACAACGUCUCGCAACCUGUACCCACAGUCUGGGGCACCUACCUCAGCCAGGGUGAAGGAGUUCAGUCCUGUGAGAGAGAAUGCUGUGACGCCCGCCAAGGUUACCUCCCCUUAUAGACAACCACAGUCUCAGACUGAAGAUGCAAUACUGGACUUUUUAAGGCGGAUUCAUCACAGUGUCAAUAGAAUUGGCCAUGGUGAAGGGACGCAGAAAACACAGCUGGACAGUGACACCAAGGAUUACAUGAGGGCUCAUAUCAAUGAUGUGAAGAGAGCAGAGAUGGAAAUCUUCAGCCGUAACCUGGAUGAAAACGAGUUUAAUUCAAUGUCACCGGAGACACAGAAGGAAACCAGUGAUCGCAUGAUGACGCUGAUUCAACAGUACCGUGAUGAGAGGUCACGGCGACCACAGAGAGGCCGAAGACGAUGAGGGGAGUUUUCAGAAUUGUCAGGGCUUUAGCUUUGGCCGGUCUGUUGCGCGGGUGGCUGGAAAAAUGUGCUCUCCAAUUCGACAUUUACAACUCCCACACUGCAGACAAAGAGUGAGUGCUUGGGGUUUAACGCACUGCAGACAAAGAGACAGCAUUCAUUUUGCCUUAUCUUCGAUGGUGAAGAAUCAUUUGAAAUGUUCAAUCCAGAUCACGACCAAAAUCAGCAGGUCCCCCAAAAACUGAGGAAAAAACAUAGCCUCUUAGGUGGAUGUAGUAAGCCAGACAAGUAUUUAGGAAAGACGGUUGUAUGGAGGUUAGAUUUUAGCAAGGUUUUAAAUAUGACUGCCGUUUGAUACAGUUUCAAAACACAUUUGAUGUCAUUGACAUCAUGGUUUGUUUUGUUUUUUAUCCCAAGGCCACACCAUUUUAAUAUUGUGUUUUACGGGCAAGGCGACAGGAAAAAAAAUGAAAAACUAGAAUAAAGAUAAUACUCAAAUCCAGUUGUUUUGAUUUUCCUAUUUUUCAAGGCCUUUCAAUCAUGUAAAUAUGUCUUUAACAGGAACACUUGCACGAAUGAUCUUUAAUUCCCACAAGAAAGAUUAAUCAUUAU